AUGCAUGUGGGGAGGUGUGGUAAGGGAAACAGCAAGAUCUCUGGGGGCUUAGAAUCCGUGAACACGCCUGCACCUGCACACACCUGUGCCUGCAGCCAUGACGACCGUAGUAACGCCUAUGUUCAACACAGACGAUGGGGGACAUUUUAUGAAGGAGAAUUAGGCCAAGUUCGGGACAGUAAGAGGAUUAUUUCAAGAUUAAAAAGUCAAAAAGAUGCCCAGUUACAAGCAGUGAUAAGCAAAUUGUUGUUGCUGGAAGCACAUUUGCGACGAGAACAGAAGGGAAUUGUUGGGCAGCUGGCUCAACGAGAUCAUGUCAUAUCUGCUCAAAGACAAGAGAUCGAUCGUUUGAGACGAGAUAAUAGACGAUUAAUAAACAAAUUGAAAAAGUUCAAUGAAGUAUGCAUUGAUCCUGGAGAAGAUACAGAGCACCUGGAACCAAGAUUAAAAAUGAGUAGAGUUGAAUCUUCAGAAGAAAGUUCUUCAUCACGUAGUAAAGGACACAGGCAGUCUCAUUCAGGUUCCCCAUCCAGCCGUAAAUCAUCAUCUGGCAUGAUCCGUGUAGCUACUAGUGUUUCCGAGCUAAUAAAUUGCAAUAAUGGCUCAAAUUUCCUGAAAUCUCAACAGGUACAUCAUCAUACAAAUGUUCAGAAUAACAGGAAGCAGCCCACUGAAACUGUCAAUCCAAAUGUGGCUUCAGUUAGGGCUACAACUGAUCGGGUGUUCCACAAACCGCCUAUUGCUGAAAAGCCCCGAGUCACAAGUCGUGUUGUACGAGGACAACAAAAUAAUCAGAGAGGUCAGCACUUGGUUAGAAGUUAUGGUGGAAAACAGUGUACUAUUGUUUCUACCAUUAGCCGCCUCUUGGAAGAAGAAUCUGAUGCAACAACUACAGGUGGCUCGUGUAGCAGUGAACCCUCGUCUCCUGAAGCCACCUUAAAACCAACAACUCCUCGAGUUAUACGUUUGGCAAGGCAGUUUGAGGAAGGUCUUAAUUCCCGAAAUGUAGUGUUUCAUGCUAGUAGUGUUUCUAGUGACUCUUCUCCUGAGUCAGUAAGACAAGAUGAUCAUAGCACGAAGGCCUACAUCAUGGAUGAAUAUGAGGUGACAAGCGGGUAUAACAGUGAUGCCAUCAGUGAUCACGAAUAUGAAAAUGUUCGUGUGGUGACUCAGGGCAGCUGUGAUGGCCCUUCUAAAUAUCUAAAACAUGAAGAAAGUAAGGAGGAGGAGGAGGAGGAGGAAGAGGAUAAUUAUGUCAUCCUUAGAGCUGUGAAAGAUAAUGCUGAUGCUGCAAAUUGGGUUGACAUCCCAGAAGAUCAGCAUAUCUACUCGAAUGUGGAAUUUGCAUCUGGGUUACUAGUGAAGGAACUGGUAGAAGAGGAGAGAAAAGAGGAAGCUACUCUUAUGCAUGAAGAAAAGAACACAUUAGAACACUUUGAGAAGAAUAGUAGAUAUAUAGAAGAUGGAGACAGAGUGUUAGAGACUGACCUUGAUUCUGUAAAUACAUCUGCUGAUGAAGAUCACUUAUUGUCAGAGAGUUUAAGGGCAGCCAUGAAUGUGCCUCGGUCGCGACACAAUAUCAACCUCAUCAUAGAGUCUGAUGGAGAUCACAUGACAGAGAAUUUUGAAGAGUUUACACUUGAUUCUUUAGAACUAGAGGAAGAUCGAGAUGAUGAAGGAGGAAGGGGAAAAGAAAAUUUGCCAGUCUCAGAACAAAGGCGAUGUGGAGAUGGAGCAGAAACAAAGUUGGACAGUAAGAUCAGUGAAGAAGGUAAACUUGAUCUCAGUGUUAAUAGUGGAUCUGCCAAUGCUGCCAUGAUUGGUAGUGGACAAUAUGAAAAGUUUUUAGAGGCAACAGGACUUAGUCAGAAAUCUAUUUUAACUCCAACACGCAUGUUCUCCAACCAUCGGUCGGUCCUUAAGCCACGAGAUGUCAAACAUCGCAACAAGCUGCGAGCUGCAUUCACCACACUCUCAACUUUAGAGGAGACUCCCAGCUCUGGAGCUUGUAGAUACUGGACAGAGCCUUACCUCUAGUGUCUACCUCUUAUCUGAUGACUUUCAAGAUUAGCUAUGAUGAGUCUUAGCUAUGUUUUGAGUUAGGGUAAUUUUCCCAGCUAUGGGUAGGAAAAUUAGGCUUAUGGAAAUGUAGUGUAAGGCUCAUAGUAGUUUAAUUUUUAGGUUAGUUUUCAGAUAAAAUAAUGUUGAUACUUAUAAUUACCAUUGUACAGUAUUUUCUAUAGAUAAACUGGUGGAUUUUGUAUUCUAUUCCUCACUUGAAUUUCUGCUUUUUUUAUUUUUUAGGUUGAAAAAUAUGCAUCUAUAUCAAUAGAUAUUUGUUAUUGGUACUUGAUAAAAAUACAAUAAAAAAUAUCAUUAAACAAAAACUUCUUUCUCAAAUAUGCAAUUGAUCAUUUAUUAAAAAAAAAAAAAACCAUUGGGUGAUGGCAAUGGUUUGUUAAAUUUUUUGUAUAGUGACCUCUUGUAUAUUAAUUACAUUAUUAUAAAUUUCUGAAUCUAAAAAAAAAAAAUUGCAGCACAAUCAAACAAGUCUACAAAAUCCAUUUAUAAGUUACAAAUACUUGUAAAAUUUUAAAGUUCUGAAUAGUUCCUGAAUUUACUGCACUUCUGUUUGCUCUCUCCAGUUCUGAUUUUAUUCUCAGACACUUGCCCCUACCCAAAAUCAUUGGUAAUAAACAUAGUUCAUGUUGACUAUGGCAGCUGUUAAUCCUAAAUGGUACCACAAAGAAUUAUUGUUAUUAAACACUAACUUGAAGAUUUGUUGAUGUUGGGUUGUUAUAGCAUUAAAGAGAUUGCACAUAGCCCUUUCUUUAAAAACUUUUUUUGUGCACAUUACCUCAAAUUUUGUUUAAAUAGUGCCACCCCAAAAUGUAAGGUGCACAUUACCUUUCCCUUUCUAAAAAUGACUUUAAUCACACUGCCCUCAAAAUUUAUUGCGUAUUUCCUGUCAAAAUUUGUUGAGCACUACAAUUUGACUGAAGGAGCCUGCUACAAGCCAAGUUUUCCACAUGCACUAUUUCCUGUUUAAUUUUCCUUUAUUAUUUUUCUAUAUGAAAACAACUGAUAAUCAGAGCUUUCCAAAUGUACAUGCAGAAUAUUAAAAAUUAGGCGGACAUGUUUCUGUGAAGUUCAGUAUGCCUUAACAGAUUAUGAUGUGCCUUUUACUAUGAGUCUUGCUAGGAUUUUAAAAAUAGCUUCAACUAUUUGCAACCAGCAACAUUCUAUUUGUUGAUUCCAGUGGUCAUCUCUCCCUAAGCCUGGUCCUAGACCAGGGCUGUUUGGCAUUGUAGAAAGAAAUCUCAAAUGUUACCAAGAAAUUUGGGGAACUGAAAGUGGAAAGAAGAGAUUAGUAUGUUUAUUAUGCUAGUCUGUUUAAAUUUUAUUAGAUAAUUGUACUUACAGGAGCAAGGGGCUAGUAACCCCUUCUCCUGUAUACAUUACUAAAGUUAGAAAGAUAAACUUUUUUCUUUUUGGGCCACCCUGCUUCAGUGGUAUACAGCCAGUUUGUUGAAAGAAUAAGAAUUGUACUUGCAGUGAGUGAAAGGUGUGGGUGUUUUUUAAGAGGAGUGUCAUGUCUGUUUUAAAUGUGUUAGUGUUGUUAAUUUCAGUACUGGAAGUUUUGGUCUAUAUGCUCACAUUAUAUGACCCUAGUAGGUUUACCACUUUCUUUUGAUUAUAAUGAUAAAUAGUGAAUGGAGACGAAUGGUUUUUAAUACUUGACGUGCUGUUGGAGUGUGAGCAAAGUAACAUUUAUGAAGGGGUUCAGGGAAACCGGCAGGCCGGACUUGAGUCCUGGAGAUGGGAAGUACAGUGCCUGCACUCUGAAGGAGGGGUGUUAAUGUUGCAGUUUAAAAACUGUAGUGUAAAGCACCCUUCUGGCAAGACAGUGAUGGAGUGAAUGAUGGUGAAAGUUUUCUUUUUCGGGCCACCCUGCCUUGGUGGGAAUCGGCCAGUGUGAUAAUAAUAAUAAAAAAAAAUAAUUUAUUAAACAAAAAUUUUAGAUUUAUUUUACUAAUAAUUUUGAGUAUUGCUGCAAGAGAAGUAUGAAUGGAUUUGUGUGAAAUAUUUGUUAGCAUUGAGGUUGUCUGGAUUGUUCGUUAUGAAUACACUGGUCAAGACGUGUCUUUUUUUUUUUCUUAGACAACAAGUUUAGAUCCUUCAGACAGUCAUCAUGUUUUAAUCUAACAUCUAGUCACUAGACCCCUUUCCAGCUUAUUAUUGUAUGUUUUUAAAUACAACAGUUGGACACAGGAUUGCAGAUGGUAUACAUCAGUAAAUUAAAUUAGGCAUGUAUAAAUUAUUUUCCAUAUUCACUGGAUUAAGGUUGUAAUGAAUGAUUCUUUUAACUUUUUGUUUGUUUUUACUUUUAUAGUGCAUUAACUGUAUGGGUUUUAGUUGUUAAAGAUGUACUUCGAGAUUGUUAAUUUUGGUUUUGUUGCUUUUUAUUCCAUUCUAUUCAUUUUGUAUUAUACUGAAACAUUUUUGCUGCAUGAGUAUUUUAGCCAUUGCAUAUUGUUAAGCUUGAUUUCUCAUACAGAAUUUUAGGUUUAAUAUGUUAUUUGUAUAACUAAAAAUAUUAAAAUUAUAAAUGCUUGAAUUAUUCAAUCUGUGUUGCAUAAACAGUAAUACAUUACGUCUUCAGAAAGCUGUUAAUAUAGGCCUUAACUUCCAUAAUUACUGCAUAAUUCUAUACCUGACAUUAUCAAAAGAUCAUUGCAUUUCAAAAUUGUAGGUUACUAGUUUCUACUUCCCUCCUCCAUCUUCAUUGUGGAGGUUUAUUGGAAAAGUGGGGCUAGUGAAGCACAAGAGUUUUGUCUUCGUAGUAUAUAUUCAUUUUUGUGAACGUAAUACUUACAUAGACUUUUUUUUUUUUUUUAAGAAUUUGAUUUUAAGAGAAAUGCUCAUGGUGUUUGACACUUUUGCAUCAGCUCAGAUUUUAAGAGUACUGCAUGUAGUAAAUGUAGCAAGGUGAGAAUAUGUUACCUUACCAGACCUUUGAAGGUCAAGACUUCCGUUCCUUAACUCACUCUCGGUUGAAAAAUUUUCACAAAAGAAAAAAAAAUUAUUUUUUUUUAUUAUGAAAUGAUAGAGAAUCUUUUCCUGAUGGACACCAAAAGUUUGAAAUUCGAUGGAAAACAUAUGAAAAUAUGUUCUCAUGAAGUUAACCAUUCGGCGAUUUUGCCCACUUUGAGCCCUAUUUUUGGCCAGUUCCAUUGUUCCAGUCAACUAAAAUCAUAGCUAUUUUGCUAAAACUCCAUUUGUUCUAUCAAUUGAGUACAAGAAACUGCCCAUUUACUGAUUUCAGCAAUCCAAUAAAGUGGUCAAAUUGGCAAUUUGGCCAAUUUCAACCAAAUUUCAGAAGAUGCUAAUUUCAAAAUAGGGUCCAGAAUAAACAAGGCAGACAUUCCUGGCACUAAAAUAACAUUUUCUCUGUUCAUUAGUCACUUCUCCAGGCCCCUUAUAUUACUCUUGCUUUCCAUUUUGAAUUUUUAUUCUCACAAAAAAUAGAUUUACUGUUAUCCAGACUACUGCAUUAUUGCAAAAAUGGUAUAAAUAAUAUCAGCGCACUUGUGAAAGAAUAUUAGACUCACCAGUUGACAUGUAUUGAACGUGUGGCGUGAUUUGUUUACUCUUAAAUAAUGGCAAAAAUCAAACAUUUCCACCAAUCUGAGCUCAAUUUCAAGGUACUUUUCAUCGUGAAACCAAUCAAAAUCAUCUCUAUUUCUGUAAUAUAUCUUCCAUUCUAUCAAAUAAGACCAAGAAAACGAGAAUAUAAUAAUGAAUACCAUACGAAAAUACAUUGCAAAGUCGCUGUUUUAAACCAAAAACACGGUUGGAGUUUUUUUUUCCUCAAUAUGCACUGCAUGCUGCAGGAUUUUUUUUUUAUACUUCGCACAGUGACCACACAGAUCCAUUCUUUCAUAUGUAGGCCUACCAGCUUUCUUUAACUAGAUUUGAAGGCCCUAGAAUUUUGGCAUAUAAAUACAGGACCGACCCUAAAAGGGUUAAGGAAUAGGUCUCAAAAUGGCAUGAAAAAGGUUAUAUGGGACUCGUUCUGGAAUGUGUCAAAUAAAGGAAUAUUAAUUCAUGAUAUACACUGGUAGGGUAUCUUGUAAUCUAACCAGUUUGAAGGGAAUUAAACUCCAAGUGCAUUUGUGAUAUCUCACUUAUAUUCUCAAGGAACUUCUUUAAGAACAUGAGUCAGAGAUCACAAAAGCACUUGGAAUUUAAAGCCUUUUCAAAUUGAUUAAGGUGCAUAUGAAGACACUUGUUUCUUGUUAGCUUGUUGCAUCACAGAAUAUUGUAUAAGUACCAAUACACACUGCAGCAAAAAAUUUUCUUAUAUUUACAGGUGAAUAGGCAUGUUUCAGAGUCUGGCCAUUUCUAUUGAUAUUAAUGAUUUUGGAUGAUCAGUAAUAAUUAAAACACUGAAUAAAUGAGAGAAUGCAAGUGAUGUACUGUACAGUAUUUUGAUUAUCAAGAUACUUGACAGUUUGGUAGGAAUUAUUUCCUAAUAAAAAUGAGUAACCCAAUCUUGGUGAGAAAUAUAAAAGGUUUGAUGGUUGGAGACAGCAAAUCAAGGGAAAUAAUUCAUUAUGGAUUGGACAUGGCAAUUUUCAUGGUGGCUGGUGAUUGAAAGGCAACUGGCAUCCUGCAAGGAAUAAGUUCUAUGAGGGUAUAUAAAAAGAAACAGGCUAAAAGGGCAUGUUUAGAUAUACUGUCUACAGUUAAUCUUAUGGUAGUUCCUUUAGGUGGUAUAAUAAGAUUUUUUAACACUGGCUGUCUCCUGCUGAGGUAGAUAAAAAAUAGAUAUCCUACAUAAAUUGUCUUUGUCAAUUUUUACAUCUUUGGUUUGACAUAGAGGAGGAGCAUAGAACAUCAGUGUUCGGGCAUUUGAUAAUAAAAUUUCUCAGGCACAGUGCUUACAUUUGGAAAGGCAUUAAGAAAACCACAUUCACACAUGUCAUAGUCUAUGAAGUUCCAGUUUUUCACAAUUUCUUACUAUGAUUACUUAUAAAGUGUAUCUGUUCUGUGUAGCAGCUGAGUGACUACAGGUUUUGCAACAAGGAAAUUCAUCUGUAACUGUUAUCUGUAAUAUAUUGUUGCAAUAAAUUAAUUAGUGAACCGAAUGUAGUUCAGUAUGAAAAGCAUUUUGGACUAAAGUAUUUCUUGGAAGCAGGCAGAAUUGGGGCAUAUAUAAAUCUGUAAAAAUAUAAAUGCAUCAAGUUCUUUAUAGUGGGGCAAUUUUUUUUUUUCCUUUUUUUUUUUUUACAAUGUUUUAUUGCUUUAAAUAAUAGGAACAUUUCUCCUUAUUUAAUGACCACCCUUACUAGUAAACAGCAAGUUUAAGAAUUUGUAAAAAUCAUAUGGAGUAGAGCUUUCAUUGCAGUAAAUGUAGCAAUAUUGUUCUGGCAAAUUACUCGUACCUAGUCAAAGUGUAAUGUUUGGCUGUUAGGACAACACUUACCUGAUAAUUCUUAAUAUCUAGGAUUGUCAGUUAUCUGAGUACCAUAAUUAAAAUCUAUUUUUGCCUCUUAAUCCUUUAUGGAUACAAUUUAAAAUUCUAUGAAGAGUCAGUAUUCCAAAAUAUAUAAGAAUAUUUAUCAGUCAUAGAUCUACAUUUUCUCUGUACUACUUUGAGAUGAAACCUGUGACUCUUUUUGUUUUUGAUUACUGCCAUUCUUUUGAUGUCUGAAUUCAACAGUAUUGCAGUUGAGGAAAAUUUGUCAUUUGGUAACAGCCUUAGGCCAGGCUGUGAGGGUAGAAAAUUACUUGAAACCAGUCACAGGUGUGGGUAUGGAAGCAAAAUGUGAAAACAGUAUUAUCAGCACAAACCACUGUCAUAUAUCCUCUGGACCACAGUAUGCAAGUCAUUAUUUUAGAUAUUCUUGAAGAUAUACACUCCUCUUUUCAGGAAGAUGCUAACCUAUUCAUCAAGAGCUCAUUUUGCUUAGUUGUAGUCAUAUCUUGUAGAAAUUUUAAUUUCAAGCUCACAAAUCAUACAAAAAUUUUGGUCAUUAGAGUAACAUUGAUGAAGUGAAGAGUAAGUCAUUCUCAUUAGACCAUUAUUCACAAGUAUCGCACUAGUCUUUAGCAGAUCCCCUCAAGUAUCUCUAUUUAAUUUUGUUUUCAUGUGUUAAAUGUAAUAAAUCUCUUUUAACUCUACUUAUGCUCAACUUUGGUAAUCAUGCCAUAUAUAUAUAUACUAUAUAUAUUAUUUCUAAUUCAAAGAAUAUUUAUGUUAAAAUAAUUGGUUCUAGGCAGCUGGCUAUAUCUGUGAACUUAAGUAGCCUGUUAUAUGCCUCUAACAUAUUUCUUAUCUGUAACAAUUUAUAUAUGUAAUUAACUUCUAAAAUUGUAAAUAAUAAAUUUAUAAGCAGGCAGUGUGCCAUGCAAAAAAACUGAUAUACAUAUAUUAGAAAUAAACAUAACAAAA